AUGUCUUCUGGAAUCCCUCAGCCACCUGGCGUUCCUUUAUUAGGCAACAUAUUCGACGUGAAUCCCAGCGACACAUGGAACUCGCUGAUUAAACUGUCAAAACAAUAUGGCCCAAUCUGCAAAAUCAACGUCCUAGGCAAGCAGAUAGUCUUCAUCAGCAACGUUGCCCUCCUAGACGAAAUCUGCGACGAGCGCCGCUUCCGCAAAUGCGUCACAGGCCCCAUCGUCGAGAUGCGCGCCUGCGCAAACGACUGUCUCUUCACUGCAUACGACAACGAAGCAAUCUGGGGAGUCGCCCACCGCAUAAUGGCACCAUCCGUCAGCGCAGCAAAGAUUCAAACAGAAACCACCUUCGCCGACAUGGCAACCGUCAUCCACGAUCUAACACGCAAAUGGACAUCCGGCCGUCAAAAGCGCGUCCUCUUCACAAACGACCUAGACCGACUCCUAAUGGCAUCCGUCAUGCAAUCUUUCUACAACCAGCGCAUCCAAGUCCUGAAUGAGAACGACGGCCCCGGCGAAAAUUCACCACCGCUAAUCGAGGCCUGGGAAUCCAUCACAAUGGAAGCAAUGAAAAGACCCUCCCGUCCCAAACUCCUGACAAAACUCCUCUACCAGAAAAAGUUCACCAGUGACAUCCGGCUCAUGCGCAAAUUCGCCGCCGACAUCGUUCAAUCCAGGGUGAACGAUAAAGGCCAGGAUCGCGAUGAUCUCCUCCACGCACUACUGCACAAUGCGGACCCGGUCUCGGGCGAGAAACUGAGCGAGUCCCGCGUUGUCGACGAGGUCGUUACUAUGUUUAUUGGGGCUGCGACGGCGGCGAAUCUCGUCUCGUACGCUUUGUACUAUUUGCUUCGGAAUGGGGAGGUUCUGGCCAAGGCUCGGGCGGAGGUAGACUCGGUUGUUGGCGGGUCGUCGAUCACACUCGAGAAUCUGAAUGCUCUGCACUACUGUGAGGCCGUUAUUCGUGAAACGCUGCGCCUUUCGGCCACGGCGCCUGGUUUCAAUAUUGAGCCUGUCCCGACGGAGGACAAGAGUCCGGUCUUGUUGGCUGGGGGCAAGUAUCAGAUCCCGCAUAAUCAAACUAUGAUAUCAGUUCUGCAUACGGUGAAUCGGGACCCAGAGGUCUUUGAGGAGCCGGAGAGCUUUAUUCCGGAGCGGAUGCUGGGGGAGAAGUGGGAGGCGCUGCCAAAGGGUGCCAGGAAAGGGUUUGGGAAUGGAAAGCGUGAGUGUUAUGGGAAGAUGUGGGCGUGGCGAUGGUCGAUUUUUACUUUGGCGAGUAUUAUCCACGAGGUGGAGUUUGAAUUUGCGGAUCCCAAGUAUGAAUUUACUUCGAAUGGUGCUUUCAGUGUGAAGCCCUUGGGAUUUUAUGGUCUUGUUAGUCCAAGAAAGAAGGGUCCGAGUCUCUGA